AUGUCAGAAACAUCGGAUUCGGACGACGUGGCACAGAUCAAAGCCAGCCCAGUCGAGAAGACCAAUUACCAGGCCUCAACAGAAUUUGACUUUGAUGCGGACCCGGAGAAUCCAUACAACUGGCCAAAAUGGAAGAAGAAUGUUCAACUAGCAGCAGCUGCCAUCGUGGCCUUUGCAGGAUCAGUUGGGACAUCCAUUAUCAGCCCUGCACAUCAACAACUCAUCGACGAAUUCGGGGUUCCUAGCACAGUGGCCUUUCUACCCCUAACGACAUAUGUACUUGCACUAGGUCUAGGACCCGUGAUCGGGGGCCCUCUUUCGGAAACAGUAGGCCGAAAGGCCGUCUUCAUCGGAGCAGCAAGUGCAGGCGGCCUAUUCGCAUUAGGAGCUGGGUUCACGCCGUCAUUCGCUGGACUUUGUGUAUUGAGAUUCUUCGCUGGUUUUGCUUACGGCCCUAGCUUGUCCAUCGCUAGCGGUUUCCUCGCAGAGACAUAUACGCCGGCAGAUAGGGGCCUUCCUUCCCUGCUCUGGAUCCUCAGUCCAUUUUUAGGUCCAGGCCUCGGACCCGUCCUUGGAGUCUUCCUAGUCGACCGUAUGGGGUGGCGAUGGACUCAAUUCACACUGGUCUUCUUCUCAGUGUUCAGUCUAAUAUGGGUAUUGAUCGGAAGCGAAUCCUACCAUCCCGUCAUUCAACACCGACGCAUGAAAGAGCUUGGGAUAACGCCACCUGAGAGUGCACCUUUCGUUGAUACACUUCGACAGUUCUUGACCGCUGGACUUCUUCGACCUCUCCACAUGAUGGUCACAGAGCCUAUUGUAGGCUUCUUGUGUCUGUAUGUAGCCUUUGUCUUUGGCGUCCUGUUCAAUUUCUUCGGCUCCUUUUUCUACAUCUUUCAACAUGUUUAUGGCUUUACCAUGAUCCAGUCCGGACUCGUAUUUCUCGCGGUUGCACUAGGUUGUGUCAUUGGUGCCCUCAAUAUCUGGCUUUGCGGCAAGUUAUUCUAUCAACCUCAAAUCCACCGGUUUCCGCCUCACCAGGUGCCCCCCGAAUAUCGACUGCUCCCGGCCAUGAUUGGCAGUGUCGCUCUCCCUGUCAGCAUCUUCAUAUUCGCAUGGACAACUCGGCCGAGUGUUUCCCCAGCAGUUCCCAUAUUAGCCAUCGUGAUCUUCAGCGUAGGCAAUAUUUCUUUAUUUGUCAGCGCACUCCAAUAUAUUGGUGAUGUGUAUCAUCGAACCAACGUCGCUAGUGCUACCAGUGCCAACAGUCUUGCCCGUUAUGGUCUAGCAGCCGUGUUUCCCUUGUUUUCUCUCCAACUCUAUCAAAAUCUCGGUGUAGCAUGGGCUUCUAGUCUUUUUGGAUUCAUUUCCAUUGCUCUUUUCCCGCUGCCAUGGCUCUUAUUCAGGUUCGGGAAAACCAUCAGAAGCAAAUCAAAAUACCAAACAGCAAUCUACUAG